AUGCCCCCCAAAGCCUUCAAGGGUGAAUACAUCGAGACGGACACGGGCAACAAGAUCUCCCGCCGCGCCCAAAUCCACGGAACCCAACGCAUCAUCCUCGGUGGAAAAACAGUCAUUCAAACAGAUGCCGUCAUCCGCGGUGACCUCUACCGCUCCUCUUCCUCGCACGCCUCCUCCGAUGAUCCGGCUGGCGCCGCACCAUCACCUUCCGUCGCUAUAACCGUUGGCCGCUACAGUUACAUCUCUAAGCAGGCGAUUCUGCGCCCGCCCUCACGUCUGCACCGCGGUAUGCACUCUUAUUAUCCGUUGAAAAUCGGCGACCAUGUGUUUGUGGGUGAGCGCGCGGUUGUUGAGGCGGCUAGUGUUGGGAACCAUGUACAUGUUGGGAAGGAGGCUGUAAUUGGGGGCAUGGCGAUAUUGAAGGAUUUCGCGGUUGUACUGGAUGGGGCGGUGGUUCCAGCUGGUAUGGUGGUUCCAAGUUGGUGUGUUGUUGGUGGUAGGCCGGCGAGGAUCGUAGGGGAGGUCGGAGAGGGGUAUGGAGUUGAGGGAGCGGAUGGGGGAUUGGCGAGGGAGAGAUAUCGGUUGGUUGGGAAGUGA